UAGAGCAAAUAUUUGCUGAUAAAUAGGUGACUGUGAUCACCCGAUUAGAAUUACAGCCAGAGUCAAGUCCAUUCAGUUGGCAAGGAAGGAUCUAACAAAAAAGAAACUGGAGAUUAACAUGGAUGUUCGGGUGGUGUUGCUGAUCUUGGCCACGACGAUAACAGCUACGGGGAGCCAGAAGAUAUAUGCCUCAAGGAACCCGUUAGCAGUGGGCAGCAGCGUCACACUUUUCAGCCAGGACAUUGUCACAACAGGAACGUGGAUCUUUCACAAUAAUUUGAUUGUCUUCAUAGUUCCGGAUAAUGCAAUCAUCGCCGACUCUUGGAAGGACAGGGUUACAUUCAAUUCAACCUCUUCAUCAUUGACUAUAACAUCAGUGAAGCUAGAAGACUCUGGAGAGUACACAUUAACGGCAAUCAAUACCUUUACUGCUAAGUUAACACUGUCAGUCCAAGUGCCUAUUUCCAAUGUGUCUCUGACAGCAAGCAACACUGACCUGGUGGAGUUCAACGACACAGCAGUACUCACAUGCUCUGUGCUCAAUGGCACGUCCCUGUCUUAUGUUUGGAUGAAGGGAAGCUCAGAGGUGGCAGCGGGAGCGGGAGUACAGCUCAGCGAUGGAGGCGCCACUCUCACCAUGGUCGGGGUGACACGAUAUGAUGAGGGGUCGUACAGGUGCAAUGUGUCCAAUGGUGUGAGCGAUGCUAUCAGCCCCCCUGUUCACCUCAACAUCAACUAUGGUCCCAGUAACACAACAAUGACAAUCACGCCCAUGAGGUCCGCCUACAUAACGGGAUCUAACAUCACACUGUCUUGCUCUGCGGAGUCUAAGCCCCCAGCGGGUGUCCAGUGGAUGUUUAAUGGGGUGAAACUAAAUCACUUUGGCCCAGAGCUUCAACUGGAGAUGGUUGCAGAAAACAAGUCGGGAAAUUACAAAUGCAUACUUCACAACACAGUCACGUCCAGGUUCACGAGCAAAAGUGGAAUGAUCAGGAUUUUGACACCGAUAGUAGCCGUUGUGGUGAAUCCAACAGGUGGACCACCAAUACUUCAUGAGCAGUACAUGCUGCAUUGUGAAGUGACUGGAUAUGUUGGAAACAUUCAGUGGUCGAGGAAUGGUCAACCAAUCACUGCUGACAAUACAUCAGUCAUUGAUAUGACCAACAGGACACUCCUUCUCAAGCCAGUCCAACUUUCAGAUAAUGGAGAUUAUCGGUGUGAGGCUUCUAGUCCUGUGAGCAACAUGACCAGCCACCCUUACACAGUUGAAGUAAACU